GCGAUGCAUGAGUGUGAUGCAGUCCGGGACACAGAUGGUGAAGCUCAAGGCAGGGUCCAAGGGGCUGGUGAGGCUCUUUUACCUGGACGACCACCGCUCCUGUAUCCGCUGGAAGCCCUCACGCAAGAGUGAGAAGGCCAAGAUCACCAUUGAUUCGCUGUACAAAGUGACAGAGGGAGUUCAGUCGGACAUCUUUCACCGUCAGGCAGAGGGCAGUCUGGAUCCUGCCUGCUGCUUCACCAUCUAUCACGGAAACCACAUGGAGUCUCUGGAUCUGGUCACAUCCAACUCAGAGGAAGCUCGGACCUGGGUCACUGGCCUGCGUUACCUGAUGGCUGGGAUCAGCGAUGAAGACUCUCUCGCCAGACGCCAACGAACACAUGAUCAGUGGAUGAAGCAGACAUUUGAAGAGGCCGAUAAAAAUGGUGAUGGUCUUUUGAACAUCGAUGAAAUUUACCAACUUCUCCACAAGCUCAACGUCAAUCUGCCACGGAGGAAAGUUAAGCAAAUGUUCCAGGAAGCGGACACAGAUGACCAACAGGGCACACUGACGUAUGAGGAGUUCUCCGUCUUCUAUAAAAUGAUGUCAAUGAGGCGAGACCUGUUCCUGCUCAUGAUGGCUUACAGUGAGAGAAAGGACCACCUAAAUACAGAGGAGCUAGCCACCUUCCUGCGCAAUGAGCAGAAGAUGACAAAUGUGACACCAGAGUUUGUAGCAGAAAUCAUUGAGAAGUUCGAGGAAUCUACUGAGAACAAACAAAGGGGAUAUUUGGGCAUUGAAGGAUUCACAAGUUUCAUGCGCAGCCCAACAUGUGACAUUUUCAACCCUUUGCACAAUGAGGUGAACCAGGAUAUGGAGCAGCCUCUCUGUAACUAUUUCAUCGCAUCCUCCCACAACACAUACUUGACUGGGGACCAGCUCCUGUCGCACUCAAAGACAGACAUGUAUGCCUGGGUCCUACAGUCUGGUUGUCGCUGUGUAGAAGUGGACUGUUGGGAUGGUCCUGAUGGAGAACCAAUGGUCCAACAUGGCUAUACUCUCACAUCAAAGAUCCCCUUCAAGUCUGUCAUUGAAACCAUCAAUAAGCACGCCUUUGUGAACAACCAGUUUCCAGUAAUUCUUUCCAUAGAGAACCACUGUAAUAUCCAGCAACAGAAGAAAAUCGCCCAGUACCUGCGAGAAAUCUUUGGAGAUAAAUUAGACAUUGGACAUGUGUUGACGGGAGACUCCAGAACGUUACCAAGUCCUCAGAGUCUUCUGGGCAAGAUACUCAUUAAAGGGAAGAGGCUGCCUGCUUAUUUGUCUGCAGACGUAGAGGAGGGGGAAGUGUCCGACGACGACAGUGCAGAUGAAAUUGAGGACGAUUUCAAGCUCAAGAGCACAAAUGGCAAUGGUCAUCAUCAAGUGGAGUCUCACAUUAGGAAGAAGCUGGACUCUCUGCUCAAAGAGUCCAGAAUUGGAGAUAAGGAGGAUUCGGACAGCUUCAGCAUCAGAGCACUACUGAGAGCCACACACCAGGGUCUGCAGAAAAACCUGCGCCAGGGAUCCAAGGGCGUUUUGAAGAAAUCUCAGAGCAGGUCUCUAAUCACUACGCUUAAACAAAAGAGACACUCCAAAUCCAGGCUGACCUGCCAAAGCGUGGACAAGGAGGACGAGUGUCAGGAGCGGUCUGGGAGGGAUGGAGGACAAUUCAACAGAUAUGGAAGGAAGAGGAAGACCAUGAAACUAGCCGAGAUCUCUAACCUCGUGGUGUUUACUAACUCUGUGGCAUCUCAGGAGUGUCUAAAUGAAGGUACACCUGGUGAUGUUCUCUCCUUCAGUGAGACCAGAGCUCAGUCUCUUGUAAAUCACAAAGCAGAACAGUUUUUGGCCUUUAACCAGAGGCAGCUAUCCCGCAUUUAUCCAUCGGCCUAUCGGAUCGACUCGUCCAACUUCAACCCUCAGUUCUACUGGAAUGUGGGCUGUCAGCUGGUGGCCUUAAACUACCAGACAGAGGGCAGGAUGAUGCAGCUCAAUCGAGCCAAAUUUAUGGUCAAUGGAGGCAGUGGUUAUGUUCUUAAGCCUCCACCUAUGUGCAAAGGCUCUUUUAACCCUUUCAGUGAUGAUCCUCUCCCAGCAUGCCCCAAAAAGCAGCUCAUACUGAAGGUCAUUAGUGGACAGCAGUUGCCCAAACCCCCAGACUCCAUGCUGGGGGACAGAGGAGAGAUUAUUGAUCCAUUCGUUGAAGUGGAAAUUAUUGGUCUUCCAGUAGAUUGCUGCAAGGAACAAACACGUGUGGUGGAUGACAAUGGUUUUAACCCCGUAUGGGAGGAGACACUGUCUUUCACGCUGCACAUGCCCGAGAUGGCUCUGGUACGUUUUCUGGUCUGGGAUCAUGACCCGAUAGGCAGGGACUUCAUUGGACAACGGACUGUGGCCUUCAGCAGCUUAAUGCCAGGCUACCGACAUGUUUACUUAGAGGGUCUGACGGAGGCUUCCAUCUUUGUGCAUGUGUCAGUGCAUGAUGUUUAUGGCAAGGGAAAUCAACUGCGUGGCAUUCGAGGUUUCUUCAACCGUUCUUCCAAGUCCUCUGUGGACACAAACACCGGUGGCCUUCGGAAGCGCUCCAUCAGUGACCAUCUCCUGCGGCGCACGGCCAGCGCCCCAGCCAAAGGCCGCAAGAAGACCAAGAUGCCCCCAUCCGAGUCUGUGGCCUCCAUCUCUGACCAGAAGAACGGGACAGGAGCAACAGCAGCAGGGGGAGGAGUAGGGGAGCAGAGCACUUCGGGACAGGAGACAGGGAUAGUGAGACGCUUCCAGCCUCGAUCCCCUCUCAUCCACAGGCCUAUGUCCAUGCCCUUGGACAGACUUUUACAAGGACAGUUAUCUCUGUGCUCACCUGAUGCAGAGCAGCAGGAGACGGGCUCAGACUCUGGCACUGGAGGAGCCCUUUUUAGGCGUCCCAGGUCUUCUUCACUGGACGUUGCCAUUACACCAACCACUGAACCAAUCUCUACAUCCUCCAAAGCAAGUGUCAACCAAACUGAUCAACCAGUGGGGACUUCAUAUCUCGUCAUUGGUCGGGAGGAGGGCCAGAAAGAAGCAGACUAUGUGAAUUAUCAAGCAAAUGACAUUACCCAAAACAGAUCCAUAAUGGCACCAACAAGAACUGAGUGCAGAUUUUUGUCAAAGCCUGAAUCAUUGUCACACAACGCAACAUUAACAGUUGUUCCUUCAGUCUCUUCAACUCCAGUAGUUUCAUCUAUGUCGACGGCCAACGCGGACACGAAAUGCCAGAGAUCUCUGCAUGAUAGCACCAUUUCCCGACUAAUUGAUGCUGUGUCCCUAGAUGAUGACACAUGUGGUUCUAUCUCCGCUCUGAUUGGCCAGUUUGAUACCUCGGCAGACCAAAGGAAUCUCAUACAAUCCCCUAAUUGCACCUUCUCCAUUCACCACCAAACUACCUCCUUUCUCAAGUCACCUUUCAAGACAACAUCAACUCCCAACAAUUCCCACAGGACAAACCAUUUAAGAUAUUCUACACCAUUACCAUCCAACAAUGCUAAUAUGCUACAUCAGAAGGACAUAUCCAGCCCGGAAACUGCAGAUCUUGAGGAAGUAUACACUAUUCUGGAUGAGGAAGUACUGUUACCUGUCUCUUCAUCCAACCUUAACCAACAGAUUUCAAGUAGGAAUACCCCAGUACAAAGCUUAGCUCCCUCACCAACAAAAGCUCUUAAUAAUUGGAAUAGUAGCAAAUACAUUGAAGCGGCUGGGGAAAGUAUUUAUGAGGAAGUUGUUGAUCCUCCAGAAAGAAUGCCACAAAUGGACACACUUAGGUCAAAUGCCCCCUUAAGCCCGCCUUUGCAGGACUGUUAUAAUUUCCCAACUCAAAAUGGCUACAAUGAAGUGGAGAUAAAUGUUGAUGAGGAUCCAUUGGAUAGGAUUAUGACUACACCAAAAUAUGGCAGCCCCUGGAAAGAGCUCACAAGCCCUACCAAACGGCACGCUAUCUACCAAAACAAUGAGUCACCCACCAAGUGCUACGACCCUGUCAAAUCAUACGGUGAACGCCAACAAACGGUGAUGAAUAAAUCUCAUUUGUCAUCUUCACAAUGUCCAUCCCCGGUUAAUACAUUUACCUUUAGAGAACCUACUAUACACCACUGUAUGCAAAACUCCUAUAGGCCUAAUACAUCUCUCCCACUACAUCAAAAUGGCUAUCAAAACAAUCAAUCAAUCAAUUCAGAAAGCCACUGCAGAGACUUCAACAGAAAUUACACACAUAACAAGGAACUGAAUUGUAAUACUAACAAGAUACGAAAUAUGGCUAAUCAUGAAGAAGCAUUGCAGUAUAGAUUUAGUUCUUUUGAAAAUCUGACUAGGCAGUUAGCAGGAGCCCCAAAUAACUGCAGAGAUAGCAUUUCAUCUCCCAGUUUUGUCAGUUCACUGCAAAACCACCUGAGGUAUAAUUGUAUGUCACCCCCUCCACAGUCGCCUCCCGUUCUCAACCCCUAUCUCUCAUCAAGUAGGACAAAUCAGACUUCAUUAUGUAGUAAUAAGCAAUUUCUGGAGGCUAGAUUUUCCUUGCAAACAAGCUUAGAACUUCCUAUUACACAACCAAGCCACAAAGAGUCCAUUCCCCCUAGUCAAGCUAAGUCUAAAUCUUUAGGUGACUUGACUUCUGAGGACAUCUCCUGCAACUUCAAGGGGAAAUAUCACAUCAUUAGUCGUAGUUUUGUCACGCCAAAACAAAAUCAGACUGGCGUCACAAAUGUUGACCAUUUGCCAAUGCAGUCAUGUGACCCCCUAACAGAACAACUUCGCAAACUGGUCACUCUUGAAGGAGAUGAGGGUGGUAGGAAUGGACUAGACUCACCAAAUCAUCAGCAGAGGAAUUCGCCAUUGUUCCAUCAUGAAACAAGUCCAAUGAACGUUGAUGAACCUCCACCAUUAUUAACCCGCCGUUUGUCUUCUCGGAGCCAAAGCCGAGUGCGUAAUAUCAACAACCGUGCCCGUGAAAGGCAACAGGAGGCUUCCAGGGUGUGGGGAGGUGAACAUCCAAACAGUGCCGCCACUAGUAUAGGUGGUGUGGUUUUAAGAAAUAAAGGGUCUAUGUUGAACCCACCAGCCAACCGACACUCCACUGGGUCAUACAUAGCGGGUUACCUCAGUCAAAUAGAGGACAGAGGGCUUCCUGAAGGAGCUUGUACAUCUUUGCGUUAUGGGAAUGAUCACUAUAGGGAUCGCUACUACACAGAUGAUACUCUGGUACCAGCCAAUACUGCAGAGUCUGUGUCUGAGCCGGAGGUGUACUUUCUCCUUCGACUAUAGGUUUUUAGAGUAAAUGUCUUCAAUCUAUGUAAGAUUUCUUCUUGGCCAAGCCAGAGGAUAAAAUAUUCAGUAUAACUAAGCAUCUCCAAGUUUGACUGUUUGAAAUUGAGCUGUUUGUCUGUUUAGUAAAUGAUGGUCAACUGAAGUCUGAUAAUGUAUUGUUAAUAUUUCUGCUAAAUGUAUAAAUGUGCUUGGCACUCCCAAACUGAUUGUACAGAUCUGUCUCUGUGAUUUAUUGUCUAACAUGUGUAUAUCGUUAAUGGAGCAAAAAAGAAUAGGAUGUUUGAAACAGAGAAAGAAUGUCUUUCUUUGUGUCACAUGAAUGUGUAGUAUAACAAGAAUUACACUUUUUUUGUCCCCCAAUCAUGAAAGCAAAUGUGAGGGAUACGAGGACCCCUGUACUGACUAAACUAAGUAUUUUAAAUAAGUGCUAGAUUUCUGUAAAAUGAAGAAGGGGAAAUAUGUGGCAACAAAUGAAACAUUUUUUGACCAUGUAGAUGUGAAACACUUUCAGUCUUCCUUCUCUUCCAGUGCUGUCAGGGUGUAUUUUGUUGAGUCUAAUAUCCCUCAUUGUUUAAUUCAACAACUUGUACAUUUACAUGUAUGUAUGUUUGUGCAUGUUACGUGUGAACAUGUCAAGCAUGACUAUGCACCACUUUUUACAGUCUAUGUUGCAUUGCUGAAUGACAUUUGCACAAUAACAUUUGCAUUGGAUAAGAAAGAGGACUCUGGUGUAAUACAGUAUACACACCUCCGGUAGGUAAAGAUGUGAAGUUUAAAGGUUUUUUAUUUUUAUAAUUGCUUUGAUACAAACUUCAAACUAAUUUUCCCGUUGGUUAUGGUAAUUUCCUUUUCUAAAUAAGAGUAAUUGUGGGGACUGCAGUUGAACUGAAUUUUUAAUUUUUUUCUAUUGUUUCAGUGUUCCACCAUACUUUAUUCUUUGUAUUGCUGCUCAUCAAAGGAGUGUGAGCAAUUUCCUACCAAUGCAAUAAAUCUUGAGUAUUUGAUUUCA